UCUUCCUCCAUUUUGUCCGCUCGAAGCUUAAACCCUUCUUCACUUUUCCUAGGGUUUUAGUGCUCACCCUCUUUCUCAAUCUCAACAAGAUCCGUACGAAUGGCUUUAGCUCGAUUCCAAUUGAUUCGUCGUCUCCAUCGAUCGUGGCAACCUUUGCAGACCCCCUCUAUUUCUCGAAGCUAUCGGAUCUGUUCGGUUGCAGCAAAUGGAGGAAUCAGCCAUCCGAGUACUGUAACAUGCUCUUAUACAAUUAAAAACAUUCUUGAUCAGAAUGCUAUGGUUUCGGCAUCGGACCAUGAGCUUCAGGUUUCUGAGCUCCCAGUCAAUGCUAGAAGUGCUAGAUUGAUGUCGACAUCCACAGAAAAAUUGCCUCGUGGAGCACGGCAGGUUGCCUUAAAGGUGGCCAUGCUGAGCCCUGGUUUUGUCUAUGAACCAUAUAAGCCUCGUGAACCUAUUUCUUUUUGGCAAAGAUGGUUUACUCGAAGUGGUUGGAAAAGAACGAAGGAGGAUGCCAUUCUGGAGUUGAAGAGCGCAUAUGCCAUUACCAGGCUGAGGAAAACAACCGGAUACUCUAAAAAACUGUUCUAUCAGCAUGCAGUACGACUAUACAAGGAGAUUAAUACUCUAAUGGCAAUUGGGGAUAUAAAAUCUUUAAGGAAAGCAUCUACAGAGAAGAUGUAUUCUACCCUGAAGAAUGAACUGAAACGAAGAGAAUCGAUGUGGAGCAGUGUUCACUGGGAAUUGGUGGAACCUAUUGUUAGUAUUCGAACAUUACGGGCUCGAAUGAUUGCCAUAGAUAAAGAUAAUUUGGACAAAGCUUUCGUACAACUUACAAUUGAAUUUAUUGCUAAGCAGAAGUUCGAAGCAUAUGAUUCCAAAGGUAUUGUUGUAUCUGGAGAUAAAAUGAAAGAGGUGCUGGUACGUGAUAUUUGGGUAUUUGAGAGAUCCCUCUUUCAUCCUGGAGCAUAUUGGCGCCUUUGUGCAAGAUUAACUCCAUAGAUAUUUCAAUUUGGGCACUUUUUACGAGAAGCCAUCACAAUGGCAUUUUGUUUUCCUCCUGUUUGAUUUCCAAGCCAGAUUGAAGAAAAUUAUUUUUAUGGAUCCACCCAGUCAUAGCACCGGCAGAAAUAAAACCAUCAUGUUUUAUCAAUACCAAUAGGUUCCAACUAUCAUCACGAUUUUCUUGCCUUAUUCAUUUGUCUAACCAUAGUUUAUUUUGUAAAAAGAUUGUGCUGUGUUUUCUUUUAUAUGCCUCGAUGAAUAUAGAGAUGUUGUAGACUGAAAAUGAGUCUUUUUGGAGGUUGUCGUCUUUGAUGUGUUGUACCUUAAUGAGAUUUCAUAUUAGGAGAUAUUCAUGGUUGUUUUUGUUC